CCUACUGGUAUUUCUCGGUAAUCGUGUGUGUGUGCCUUGUAUAACGCAAGCUUCGUCCUUCCGAGAAUUCUUCGUUCUCAGAAUGUAGGUCAACGAUAUAAAACUCUGUGAACCUCGAACCGUUAGACAGUUCUUAUACAGCAUCUGACGGGAUACGAAUACACCACACCAGCCUGUAUUUACCUGAUAUUGGAAGAUAUCGAGAGGUUUUUGAAGGGGACAAGGAUAGAUAGACCAUCGACUAUUAAUGAGUCCAGUAGAUCAACUCUUCAAUCAGCUCAGCGUUUCAGUAGUCCGUAUGGCAGGUGACUCACUGCCCCCUCCCUUACACCGGCCAUGGUUGUUAGAUAAACCGAAGGAUACAGUAAAACUAUGUGAGGAUACGACGGUCAGUUCGCCCCCUCGGCCGGACAGGAUUAUAUAUUACUGUGAGCGGGAUUUUCGAGUCCAGGAAGAAAAUCUGAACAAUAUAUGUGGAUGUGGCUGGUACUAUGCCAAUACUACCAGCGAGAUGGCCAAAGAUAUGUUACGUAAAAGUGAUGUGGGGACCUUUCUUCUACGCGACAGUGUUGACCCGAAAUUUCUUUACUCUCUUAGUAUCAAAACUCCCAGGGGAGCUACUAGUAUUCGAAUAACUUAUACCAAAGGAAAGUUUCAACUUGACUGUCUAGAAAAAUUAAAAAAUUGCCUGCCAAAAUUUGACUCUACAGUGGCCCUUGUUGAUCAUUAUGUGAGGACAAGUAAAGGUGAUUCGAGACGUAGAAACGUUAACAGGUUUUUAGAAAGUUCUGGAAAAAAAGAUAUGCCGGUGUUGUUGACUAACCCACGAGUGAACAGUGUAUCUUCACUGCAACAUCUGUGUAGGCAAACAAUCAACCGGAGUUUGCCGAACAGUGUCGAACAAGACUAUUCCUAUCAUAACAAUCAGAUAGACAAGAUCGUUAUGCUACCAAAUGGUUUACGUAAAUUUCUUAAAAGUUAUCCUUAUCUGAAUUGACCAAGAAAACACUGCAGUGACAAUAUAGUACAGCGAAAUAGUUUUCCAUAUUCAAAAUAGAUAGUGAGCUGUUUCCGUGCCGGGUUACAAUACAAGUCGCUCUGCAGUUGCAGUGAAAUGGUUUCCAUGGUGGUUCUGCAGUUGCAGUGAAAUGGUUUCCAUGGUUACAAGGUAGAUCGUUCAGCCGUUGCUGUGGAGACUCGGAGUUCCGUGGUUACCAGACAGAAAAUGUUUCGAGCAUUGCAGUGGAGUGAUUUAUGUAUAACCAAAACAUGCAGAUAAUGGCUCGAAAUGGUUGCUAUGGUUACAAACUGGUAACUAUAUAGUCAAAAGACUAUAGAAAGGACAUUGAGGUGAAUUAAUUAAUUUGCGAAGCGCUGAUUAACAUGGAAACAUGGUGGGGAUCGUUUCCAAAACAGGGAUUUAUGUAACUUUUUUUUAUUUAUUUAUUAUUUUCUAGUUUUCUACCUCAGUGAACAUUGUUGACAAUCUGUGUUUCAAAUAUCAUGUGUAUUGACGUUUCAUUUAAAAUCUUUGUGGUGAACUCGCUCCUAGUCAUAACAAUUGUGACAAUGGAGUCAUUUGAAUCGGGACAUCAGUAUGUAGCUUGCUCCUGUACUGAGCGAAGCCUUUUCGGAAUGAUUUUUACACUUGGUUGGAUUGGAAUCUGUCCAUUUUGGCAGUAGUUUGGACUCCUAGUUUGGUGCUAAUAUAUAAUCGCAACAAACUGCCAGAUAUAUAAUAGUCCCCACAUUUUAGUGAGCCUAUUGUUUUCUCGCGUACCUGUAUUUCUUUUGUUACGGAAACAUGCAUUUAGAUGUAUACAGUACGUUAUUUAAAAAUAUUGUUAAUAAAAUUAGACGUUUGAUCUCGUU